GAAGGGCCUGCUGCUAAAAAUGUAAGACUGAGAAAGAAGAAAUUCACAUCAGUGUCUCCAGCCUGGCUGAAGGGAAUGUCACCAAGGUCGGAAGUGUGAAUCCUGUUGAAAACUUCCGUGUUCUAGUGAGACAGAAGAUUGCCAGCUUUGAGGAAGCUAGUCUCCAGCUAAUAAGUCUCAUCGAGCAGUUUUUGGAUACCAACGAGACACUGUAUUUCAUGAAGAGUAUGGAGUGCAUCAAAGCUUUCCGGGAGGAGGCCAUUCAGUUUUCAGAAGAGCAGCGCUUCAACCGUUUCCUGGAAGCCCUUCGAGAGAAAGUGGAAAUUAAACAAUUAAAUCACUUCUGGGAAAUUGUUGUUCAGGAUGGAGUUACUCUGAUCACCAAGGAUGAAGGCCCUGGAAGCUCUGUCACAACCGAGGAAGCCGCAAAGUUUCUGGCCCCCAAAGACAAAGCAAAAGAAGACGCAGCAGAGCUUGAAGAAGGUGGUGAUGUGGAUGAUUUACUGGACAUGAUAUAGACCAUGGAUGUGUCGAGAAUCCAAGAGUGCCAUCUCCAUGUUGCUGAGAGCUCUGACAGAGAGCAUCCUGGAAGCCAUUCAGGGGGACCCGAAGCUCUGGCGAUCAUCCCAGUGGACAACUUGGGAGCGAAUCACCCCAAGUCUCUACAGAGUGACCACAUACACAUAUAUUACAAGGAAUAACUUAGACCCUAUCCAAAUUUAUAAAGAGUGACUAUUUUCUGUUUGGCAUAUUA